GGGGGAGUCGCGGCGGUGGCGGCAGCGCUGGUGGCGGCAGCGCUGGUGGCGCGUGCGGCGGACGCGGUGCGUGGGCAUGGAGUCACGGGCAGCUCUCACGUCCCCGCGCUGAGGGACGCGGCCAGGCGGAUCGGAGCCUAGCGCGGCGGAGAGCGUAGCCGUUGGAGCCGGCCUCUGCUCGUGGCAGCCUGCUGUCACCUUCUCGCCUGGCAAUGGGGAAUGGACUCUCGGACCAGACGCCCAUUCUCUCCAGCCUGCCUUCUUUCCAGAGUUUCCACAUUGUCAUCUUGGGUCUGGACUGCGCAGGAAAGACUACCGUGCUCUACAGGCUGCAGUUCAAUGAGUUUGUCAACACUGUCCCCACUAAAGGAUUUAAUACAGAGAAAAUAAAAGUGACGCUGGGCAACUCGAAAACGGUCACUUUCCACUUCUGGGAUGUGGGCGGCCAGGAGAAGCUAAGGCCGCUGUGGAAGUCAUACACAAGGUGCACCGAUGGCAUUGUGUUUGUGGUGGACUCUGUCGAUGUUGAGAGAAUGGAGGAAGCCAAAACAGAACUUCAUAAAAUUACUAGGAUAUCUGAAAAUCAAGGAGUGCCUGUUCUUAUCAUUGCUAACAAGCAGGACUUGAGGAACUCCCUCUCCCUUUCUGAAAUUGAGAAAAUGUUAGCAAUGAGUGAGCUUAGUUCUUCGACUCCCUGGCAUUUGCAGCCUACCUGUGCAAUCAUUGGAGAUGGACUGAAAGAGGGACUGGAGAAACUACAUGAUAUGAUCAUUAAGCGAAGGAAAAUGUUGAGGCAGCAGAAAAAGAAGAGAUGAGUUCUAUUUUGACCUUUCUAUUUUAGUUACAUGGUCAAAAUUUGACAUUAAACAGCUUCCAAGCACAGGCCUGCUUGUUUGGAUGCUGUUAAGCUUAGUUACGUUAAACAAUCAGUUGCACAACCUUGCCUUGUGGAAGGCUGUGCUGUUAUGGAACUUUUUUUUUUAUAUACUAGUCUCUUCUGAGUUUUAUGGCUCUGCGUUAUUUCAGAAGUCCUAACGAUGAUGUAAUACUAUCAGGAAAUGGAUGGGUGGGUAUAUGUGACACGGAUGUCUAAAUGGCCAAAUAAAACGAGGGGUUUCUGCUUAGUGUUGUAUUCAUGUUUGAGGGUGCCCUCUGCAAGCAGUUUGCAUUGAAGGUGUUCUGUGUUUUUAAACUUCUGAUGCUUGUAAGUGGAGUGUUUAGGUGAACAUUAUACAGCUUUAAAAACGUAUGAAGCUAGUAACCCAUUAUUUUGAGAGGCUGUUUUUUAUCUUAUUUGGGGAUUUCUAUGAAAGCUUGGCUACAUGUGUAGUUUUUUUAAUUUGGCACUUUUUGGAAAUUCAAUCAUAUUCAGUUCAAAUACUUGAAAUUUAAGUGCUGUGGAUUCUUCAACUGAUAAAAGAUGGACUUUUUGACAAAUAUAAAAUGUAAACAACACACUGGAGCAUGAAAAAGUGGUUUCUCAACAUACAGGAUGUUUUUUGGUAUGUAAGGGUUUUAUUUUUAGAAGCAGCCAUUCAUCAUUAUACAGUGCUAAUCAGGUUUAAACUCUUACUCAAAAUUAGUAAUUUAUUUCUGAAUGAUGAGUAUUAUGUCUUCCUCCUAUCAAGUUAAAAGUAAAUUAAUUGCAGUAAAGGAGCUAGAAAGAACAACUCGUGACUGUUGUGGUUCUAACCAGGGCAGCAUUCUUUGCUCUACUGGUAACUUUUUUGGCAGUAAAACAAAAUUAUAAUGAAGUAAAGAUGAAGAUAAAAUUAGCAGAGGACGUCUUGUAUCUCCCCGAAAGACCCCAUUUUAUUAAAGUGGUAUUGCUAUGUCACUUUCAAAGUAUGCUUUUUUUAUUGUGACUUUUAAGGUAUUUUGUGGCUAGGAAUGUAAUAAUGCUUUAUACUCAAACAUUUGACAUUACCAGGGAUUGGGGGGGGAGGGGAGGGAAUUGGGGGAAGAAGACUUUCAAGAUGGGCCUGUGUUCUGGUUUAAUUAUGCUUUAAGCUGUUCUUGUUUACAGAGUGUGCAAACAGUGUUAACUGGGCAGGAUAGUGCUUGAUGGAAAAGGGAGGGUAGUUUUUCUUACUGGUACAGAGCUUCAAGUGACUCUUUAGAUACUUGGCUAGCAAUUAAAAGGGCUAAAACAGAGCCUGGAUUUUAAGACUAACUUAGUGGUGCUGUAAAAAUUCAUUAGAAUGUUAGGUUACCUUUAAACUUCUGUUUGGAAUACCCAAUUAAAAAAAAAAAAAAGACAAAAAAAAAGACAAAAUCUAUUUCCUCCUCUUACUCAACCAUCAAAGUAAUAAAUUUUUAUUACCUGCUGCCAUGUAUCAGGAGGAUGACAACUACAAACCUGAAUGUCAAUCAAUGUAACUUAGAUAUGUUUAAAAAAAAUAAUAAAACUUUUUAACCAGCAGCUGUUCAUCCAGGAGGUAACAAAAAAUGCACUUUAGUGUCUUCAGUAACUGAAAGUGACAGCUGUGUUGUUUUUGUUUUUUUUUUUUUUUUUUAUGACAUCUUGGUCCUUUUUGAAUAAACUGAAGUAGCUUCCAGUGGAGCUUUUGUAUGUUGGUUAUAUAUGUACCUGCACUGGUGACAUUGUAAGUCACUUAAGUAAUGUCUAUAUUUAUAGAAAUGUGGAUGACUUCUUAAACCUCAAUAAACAAUUCAAAACAA